AUGCAAACUUACAUGAAACCAAGUUAUGAAGAAUGGCUGGACUGCAGCGAGCUAGCCUUUGAGUGGGCAAGAAGCUAUGACGAAAAGGAUUGGGAGCGGCUCUCAAAGACGCUUGCACCCACCGUCACUGUCAAUUACUCGGGAGUGAAUAACUCGACUGCAGACAAGAUGCCCGCAGGAGAUUUUGUCGCGAUGAUGAAGAACCCACUCUUUCUGGGAGACGGGAACAUCGAUUCGCAACAUUUCUUGGGAGUCUCGAAAUGGAGAAAGACGUCUGAGACGGAAAUUGUUAGUCAGCAUCAGUCCCGAGCGGCGCAUAUGAGAUGGAACGAGGGAAGGGAGACUCUUGCAGCCAAAGGACACGGUCAUGGCUUGGUAACGAUGUUCUACAAGAAAAUCAAUGGGGAGUGGAAAUGGGGAGGGAUUUCGACAAAAGUUGACUUGAAUGAGCACGAAUUCGAAAGAGUGUUUGUCGGGUCAGCGGGUAAAUUUGACAAAGACGGUAACACGAUUGAAGUAGAAACAUAG